AUGGCUUUGACCGUCGAGCUCAACACCCCCAUCACGGGCACCUACACUCAGCCCAUUGGCCUGUUCAUCAACAACGAAUGGGUUGAGGGUGUCGACAAGAAGAAAUUCGAGGUCAUCAACCCCGCCACCGAAGAGGUCAUCACCUCCGUCUGCGAAGGUACCGAGAAGGACGUCGAUCUGGCCGUCGCCGCCGCCCGCAAGGCCUUCAACACAACAUGGAAGGCCACUUCCCCCGGCGAGCGAUCCCGCCUGAUCCUCAAGCUCGCUGAUCUCGCCGAGAAGAACUCCGAGCUCCUCUCCGCCGUCGAGUCUCUCGACAACGGCAAGUCCAUCACCAUGGCCAGGGGCGACGUCGGCGCUGUCAUCGGAUGCAUCCGUUACUAUGGUGGCUGGGCCGACAAGAUUGAGGGCAAGACGCUGGACAUUGCCCCCGACAUGUUCAACUACACUCGCCCGGAGCCUCUUGGUGUCUGCGGUCAGAUCAUUCCCUGGAACUUCCCCCUGCUCAUGCUUGCCUGGAAGAUCGGACCUGCGCUGGCCACCGGCAACACCAUCGUCAUGAAGUCUGCUGAGCAGACUCCCCUGUCUGCCCUCGUCUUCGCCAGCCUCGUCAAGGAGGCUGGUUUCCCUCCCGGAGUCUUCAACCUCAUCUCCGGCUUCGGCAAGACGGCCGGCGCCGCCAUCGCCGCCCACAUGGACAUUGACAAGGUCGCCUUCACCGGCUCCACCAUUGUCGGCCGCUCCAUCAUGAAGGCUGCUGCCGCUUCCAACCUCAAGAAGGUCACCCUCGAGCUGGGCGGCAAGUCCCCCAACAUUGUCUUCAACGACGCCGACAUCGAGCAGGCCAUCUCAUGGGUCAACUUUGGCAUCUACUACAACCACGGCCAGACCUGCUGCGCCGGCACCCGUAUCUUUGUGCAGGAGGGCAUCUACGACAAGUUCCUCGAGGCCUUCAAGGAGCGCGCCCAGAAGAACAAGGUCGGCGACCCCUUCCACCACGAGACCUUCCAGGGCCCCCAGGUCAGCCAGCUGCAGUUCGACCGCAUCAUGGGCUACAUCAAGUCCGGCAAGGAGGAGGGCGCCAAGGUCGAGAUUGGCGGCGAGCGCCACGGCGACAAGGGCUACUUCAUCAAGCCCACCGUCUUCAGCAACGUUCACCCUGACAUGAAGAUUAUGCGCGAGGAGAUCUUUGGCCCCGUCGCCGCCAUUGCCAAGUUCAAGGACGAGGAGGAGGUGAUCCGCAUGGGCAACGACUCCAACUACGGUCUCGCCGCCGCCGUCCACACGCGGGAUCUCAACACAGCCAUCCGUGUCAGCAACGCCCUCCAGGCCGGUACCGUCUGGGUCAACUGCUACAACCUGCUGCACCACCAGAUGCCCUUUGGCGGCUACAAGGAGUCUGGCAUUGGCCGCGAGCUGGGCGAGGCUGCGCUGGCCAACUACACUCAGAACAAGUCCGUGGCCAUUCGCCUGGGCGGUGCCUUGUUUUAA